GUGUUUACAUGCAUCGAUUAUACUUCAAAAGAUGCAUCAAAAUAAAAAAAUCGUAGAAGUUGAAGUCAUACAACCCAUACAACGAACACGCAAAUUUUGCUCUUCUCUCCCUCGUUGUUGAUUCACGGUUGACUUUAGGUUUUAUUUCUACGUUAAGUUAAACAAAAAACCUUUAGUGUGUAUGCCAUGACAUGUUUUUGUUUAUUCAGGUUUAUUCUAGCUUAAGUAAAAAAAUAUUGCGGAAUUCUGCAAAGUUUACUAUUAUUUACACCUAUCUAUAUAAUCCGGUAAAAAUCAAAAAAGUAUUUUAGUUCGUCUUACGUGAAUUGUGCUGGCAAAAUGGAAGAAUCCACUCAGAUCAAAGUAGAAGAGCUUGUAAUACUCGACACAAAGGAUGAGAAAACUUUUUUUGCUAACAGCGAACUGUGUUCCGAUGAAACCAACGUCCUAAGGAAAGUUUCUACGGAUACUGAUCUCCUAGACCAUAUGCCCCGGCACAGUAAUGAGCGACCCUUUAAAUGCACAAUCUGUAGCAGAACGUUUAAGAAUUCCAGAGGAUUGAGGUUUCAUGAAAACAAAUACCACAAGGUCGAUCCGUCCUCAAGUAAUUGGAACAGUUCGAAAUCGUGGAAGGGCAACGGGAAACUACUUUUCGCAUGUGAUAUCUGCAGCAGAACAUGCGUCACACCGGAGAGUUUGCACCACCAUAUGAGUGCUCAUACAGGAGACCGGAACUUCCAGUGUGACAUAUGCGGACGACGAUUCAGCGUUAAAAGACAUAUAUCGACUCACAUGAGAAUACACCGCACAGAUUGCAGGCAUAAGUGCUCGGUUUGCAAUAAAAAAUUCACAAGUAAUUUCAGUCUCGCAGAUCAUAUGCUCCGUCACAGCGAUGAGCGUCCCUUCAAAUGUGACAUCUGCGACACAUUAAUCAAGAGAUCGGCAGAUUUAAUGCGUCAUAUGCAGAAUGUCCAUAAUGUCGAUCUCUUCUCAAGCAAUGCGAAGAGUUUGGAACCAAGCCAAACUGAUAAAAGCCGAAGCGAAGGUUCAGGGGAAUACAACUGCGACAUAUGCGGGAAACAGUAUACAACAAAAAAUUCUCUUCGCUUACAUCAGGAACUUCAUCAGAGCACUGCAGUAAGAUCCGAACGGAAAUUUCAAUGUGACAUCUGUAGCGAAGCAUUCACACAAGAAUCAACAUUAGCGCGACACAUUGCAGAUCACAGCACAAAGCGACACCAGUGUAAGAUUUGUGGAAAAGGAUAUGCUCGCGCACACUGGCUCCUACUGCAUAUGACUUCUCAUACAGAGGAAAUACCUAUUAAUUGUGAUAUUUGUGGUAUAUCAUGUGAGUCAGCUAAAGCUUUGAUAGAACAUAAAGCAACACACACCUCAAAGAGGUCGUAUAAAUGCAAAGUUUGUGGAAAAGGAUUUUCAGCAGUUCGGAGGCUCAGGGAGCAUUCGAUUUGCCAUACUGAAGAGCGGCCUUUUAAAUGUGAUAUUUGCGGGUCUGUAUAUAAGUCGUCUGAUAGUUUGAGAGAGCAUCAAAAAACGCACGCCCUUUGGAACCCAUAUAAAUGCGAUAUUUGUGGGAGGAGCUGUUCGGGUCCUGGACGGCUCGAAAUGCAUAUGACUAGUCAUACUGAAGAACGACCUUUUAAUUGCGACAUUUGCGGGUCCGCAUAUAAGUCAGUUGCUAGUUUGAAAACACAUCAGAAAACGCACAUCUCUGAGAGACCACAUAAAUGCGAAAUCUGCGGAAGAGGCUUUCUUCUUCCUUCCCAGGUAAAGCGGCACAUGCGUAGUCAUUCUGACGAACGGCCUUUCAAAUGCAACAUGUGCGACGGAUCAUAUAAGUCAACUUUUAUGCUGAAAAUACAUAGAAAAAAACACCAUGACGGGUGUGACCCCUGAUGUUAGAUUCAGACCAUACACUCCUAAUUAAUGACCUUACAAAUUGCUUUUUUUUACAAACGAAAAAAGUGAUAGGCGACUAGAUAGUAAUCUUUUAUAAGUAAGCUGCCGUAAUAUGACAUUGUGACGUAGAUCCAAGUGAUCAGUUUUUCAGUACGGCCCAAAAACGAAAAAAAUUCUCGUCAUUUUUGUAUGGAAAUGUGUGCCAACGUCACUUUGUUUUUUUUUUAAUUUUAUGCAACGUACGAAUAAGUAACAACAAAAAGGAAGAUACCAAAAGAUAGGUUUUCGAAUAAUGAACAAGUUGGCAUGAAAAACUCAAAUUCGAGAAAAUGGCACUUACGUCACUUUGUCAUCUCACGGCAGUAAGGAAGAAUUAUAAAUCUAGCACCCCGCUACACAAGGAUCGACAGUGAAAUAAAACAAAAUAAAAAGAUGUGUAUAAAUUACUGAUAUGGACUAUUUCUUUUCGGCUAAGCACCACAUAAUUGGCGACGAGGAAACAGCUGGCUGGCUUCAUCACAAUCCAGAUUCGAGGCAACUAUUUCUACAGAAGGAAGGAGGACAAAUAUAACCGUAACCCUCAAAAUAGUCUGCGCCUGACAUCUGCGCCAAUUUGACUUCUCGCUUCUAGUAAUAAUAUUAUUAAUAAUAAUAUAAAUCAUUCCGGAGUACUUCGUGAUAAGGGCGAAUCUAACAAACGGUAAACAAAUAGAGAUUUUACCGAAAACGUAUGAAGUGAGCUACUACCUACCUUCAAACUUCGAAUAAAUAAUGUAUCUCUUUUCUAACUAUUAAAAAGUACGAUGUUUGUUAAGGACGUAAUCUACCUUAUAUCAAAACGAAAUAGAAUGAGGCCCUUUGUUGUAGUUUACAUUAGUAAAAGGGGAAACUUGACUUCGUCUUGAUGAAUGGGCGAAAUCAAAGUUGUCAAUAAAAUAAACAUUAAAAGCAAAGGGCGUAUUCCAAUACAAUAACGUAAACACGGCGUAUAGUAAAGGGCGAUACUGUCGAGCAAAUCAAAAUAAGGCACAUAGUAAAGGGCGAUACUUUCGAGCAGAUCGAAAAAGUUGCAUAGUAAAGGGCGGAAUCAUAAAUUCUCGAAUACACAAUGGGGUACUUAUUACGGGAGUCACUUCACGGUGAAAACGAAGUGAAAAAAUCUCACGGUGAAAAAAGA